AUGUCGUGGAAGUACGCGUUUUCGCUCUCCAAGCAGGAGGUCAAGGAUGCCACGCCUCCAGGCACCGUGAGGCUAGUCGCCCACGAUCCUACCGACGUCGAGCACCACCACGACGCCAUCGUCAAAUUUCCCAUUCCCAGCGCAGACCCUGCGGAUCCUCUGAAUUGGCCUGCUUGGCGGAAGGCGGCUGUGCUGUUCGUCGCAUCGCUUUACGCCUUUGUCGCAAACUACUGCAGCUCAACUAUCGCGCCGGCUCUGCAAUUAUGGUUUACCACAUUUCCAAAUGAGCCGAAGCCAUUCUCCAAGCUGACGCAGCUCAUUGCCGUAAACAUUUUGAUGCUAGGCGCCGCCAACCUCUGGUGGGUACCACUAUCGAACUGGGCCGGACGUCGUCCCAUCCUUCUUGUUGCCACCCUCCUCAUGACGCUGUGCGGUAUCGGUGGUGCAGCCGCUGACACUGUUGCUCCGGCUCUGGUGGGCGAUGUAUACUUUGUUGACGAGCAAGGACGAGCCAUGGCCAUUUACACCGUCAUGCUUUCCUGUGGAUCCAUCGUCGGUGGCAUUGCUGGCGGAUACAUCGGCUUUCGCCUCGGUUGGGCAUACCUCUUCUGGGUGUCCGUGGCUCUCUCGGCAGCCUGCUUCCUCGGCGUAUUCUUCCUCGUCCCCGAAACACUCUACGAUAGACCGGCCCCUCCCGUGCAACCCAGCACGCCCUCGGAGUCGGGUGAGAAAAAGGAGGUCGAGGCCAACCACGACGAAGAGACCCGAGCAGAGACCUAUCGACCGUUCACCUUUCCCCGAUCUCUCACCUUCGGCCCCAUCCGCGGGAAUCUGGUCUCCCUAUUCAUCCAACCCUGGCGCACCCUCGCCCUCCCCGGCACCUGGGUCGUCAUGCUGCAAUACGCCGGCCUCGUCGGCGGGGUCAUCACCAUUUCCAUCAUCGGCGCCCAGCUCGUCUCCAUGCCCCCUUACACCUGGGGAGCCCACACCGGUCUCAUCAACAUUGGAGGCAUCAUCGGUGCCUUGUUGGGCUGCGUGUACACGUACGUGCUCUCGGAUUUGCUUCUGAGGAACCGCGCCAAGCAUGACAAGCAUGGCCUCUCCGAGCCGGAAGAUCGCCUGCCCGCCGUGUUCUUCCCCUUGACUCUUGCCACGUGCGGAUUCUUUAUCUUUGGGUUCUGUGGGCAGUAUCCUGGUGAGAAUCGGUGGGUUGGGCUGCAGUUUGGCUAUGGCAUGAUAGCUUUUGGAUUGAUGCAGGCUCCCUCGAUCGGCUUCAACUACCUCUUCGACUCCUACGGCCGUCUUGCACCGGACUGCUUCGUCGUCGUCACGAUUCUGCGCUCCGUCAUUGCGUUCGCUUGGACCUUUUUCGUGUCGGAUUGGAUUCAGCUCAGGGGGGCCGCAGAGGUUUUUGGCAUCUUGGGCAUGUUGAUGGGCAUCUUUGGUCUCUUGACGGUUCCCCUUUGGCUAUUUGGAAAGAGGAUGAGGAUUGCCAGGGCCUACAGUAACUGA